AUGGGGUACUAUACGCCCGACCGAAACAGCCUGUUCCAUCGCCCCGUCCCGGAAGGGGGCACCGCCGAGGAGAUGAUUUCCAUGGCCGAUAAGCAAAUCCUGUGCGCCUUUGGCGUCGACCUGGACGCCGUUGGUGGGUGGUUGGGAUCCUACGGCGGGGAAGACUCGCCCGACGACAUAUCCAGGGGCCUGUUCGCCGGCGAGGUGGGCACGCCGCGCCUGCUGAAGCUCUUCGACCGGCUGGGGAUCAAGACCAGCUGGUUCAUCCCGGGCCACUCCAUCGAGACCUUCCCGGAGGAGUGCCGCAUGAUCGUUGAACAGGGGCACGAGGUGGGCAUGCACGGGUACUCGCACGAGAACCCGAUCUCGAUGUCCCCGGAGCAGGAGGAGGCGGUGCUGCUGCGUUGCAUUGACCUGAUCACCGAGGUCUCGGGAAAGCGGCCGCGCGGCUACGUCGCUCCGUGGUGGGAGUUCAGUCACGUGACCAAUGAGCUGUUGCUCAAGCACGGGAUCAAGUACGACCACAGCCUGAUGCACCGGGACUUCGAGUGCUACUACGUCCGGGUCGGCGACCGGUGGACCAAGAUCGACUACGCCAUGCCGGCCGACGUCUGGAUGCACGCCCUGGAACGGGGAGAGGAGACCGAUCUCGUCGAGAUACCGGCCAACUGGUACCUGGACGACCUGCCCCCGAUGAUGUUCAUCAAGAAGUCGCCCAACAGCCACGGGUUCGUGAAUCCCAGGGACAUCGAGCAGAUGUGGCGGGACCAGUUCGACUGGGUGUACCGGGAGUAUGACGAGGCGGUGUUCCCGAUCACGAUACAUCCGGACGUCAGCGGCCGCCCGCAGGUGCUGCUGAUGCUGGAGCGCAUCGCCGAAUACAUCGGUUCCCACGACGGCGUCCGGUUCGUGACCCUUGAGGAGAUCGCCGACGACUAUUUGGCGCGGCAUCCGCGGCGCUGA